AUGCGACCACCAACAGAUCGUGAACUGAGUAAUCCUGACAUUCCACAUGUCGUACUCACCUCUGACGGUGAUUGGGAUCCAAGUGCACUGGAUCAUUCGAUCGAGGAUAUGGAAGAAUUGGCAAAGUCCGUUCCCGACUACAAUUCUGAAGAUGAAGAACGUCCGUUUGAUCUUGUAGGAGUCCUUAAGAAUAAUAAAGCUCUUACUUCUUUCAAGGAACCUAAACUAGAUGGAACUAUUGAUUAUUUUCAGAAUUUCAAUUGUGUUCUUCCAACUGAUGGACUGUACGAGCAGCGCCAUCGAGCAUCUGAAGACCUUACCUGGUUUGACUGUAACAUGGCUGAUCUAUUUGGCUUUGAUGCAUCACUAGAAGAUUCACCCAUCCCUGAGUGUUUUGAGGUCUAUGAGGCUUGUAAGCGUCCUUCAGUACUGUUUGACCCAGGACAACCAGUCAACUACGAUAUUGAGUCAGCUACUUUGGAGGCCAAUUCUUUCAAGGACCUCAUACUUGAUUCGGACAAGCCUACUCUGAAGCGCAACCCACGCCAUAAGGCUUGGACGACACCUCAUGGGGAGUCAGAUCGUUGUCCACCGCCAAGAGUACAUUUCGAUGAUACUCUGACUGUCCACGAGAGUAGUAGUCAAACCAUAGCUACUAUAAAGAACUCUACACUAGAGGGUACUGUUGCUUUCCUUACUGACUUUGUACUGGAAGACGACUUGCUCCAACAGUUGCCGGAAACGAGCAUGGGGAGAGAUGAUGCUACUAGUGCUCUUUCUCCUGUACAUGGUGGAAACAAGUCAGAUAGAGAGUCCGACCAAACAAUAGAUGAGAUAGCCACUGAUGAAUCUAUUUUAGUUUGUACUCUUGGGAUCCUUGAAGCUACUCUAGACUGUACUCUUGACUCCCUUGGGCCACUCGACUUCGAUCUGAUCAACCGUGGAUUGAGCACCGCUAACAUUCCAUACGCCAUGCGCAUUCCUAAGCAUUGUGCUGAUCAUCACCAAAAUGUAUUGGACUCCACGGCUAUUGCAACUGGAGAAGCUAAGCCAGCAUUCAAUCAAGUAGACAGUGACUCCCUUGGGCCACUCGACUUCGAUCUGAUCAACCGUGGAUUGAGCACCGCUAACAUUCCAAACGUCAUGCUCAUUCCUAAGCAUUGUACUGAUCAUCACCAAAAUGUAUUGGACUCCACGGCUAUUGCAACUGGAGAAGCUAAGCCAACAUUCAAUCAAGUAGACAGUCAUAAUUGUAAUAGAGCCUUACCCUUUACUACUAUGAACGGACAUCCUGCUUUAGAUUGUGCAAUUGACUUCUUCCAAUCCUUUGUCUAUGCGAAUCCAAUAGAUGGACUCCAUGAAGUCCAUCAUCCACCAACUUCUGAACUAGCUAGACUUGAACGUAGCAUGGAAGAUCCUAUCAACCUGGAUCGCACCAGUGCAACUCAAGUUGCACCACCAGAGCUUGAGAUCUAUCAGUCUCACAAACAACCCUCAACUCAAGAGGCGCACUUUGAGCUGGUGUUGUAUCAAUCUCACAAGCAAUCCUCAGCACAAGAGGCGCGCUUUGAUGAUGAUACUCGAAAGCCUGAUGGGAGAAAUGGUCCACCACCUUGCAACAGUUUUGAGCAUGGGUUACAACCAACUGAGGUUGAACUGAAGAACCCAAGGUCGGCUGUGAAGUCUCAUGAACGCAAUUGGGAGCGCCUUCGCAGCUACUUUGCAUGGUUGCCCAAGCAAGUCAUCCAGAAGAACUUGGAACACUACUUGGAAGACUCAACUCAACUAGCUACGAUAACUACUAUAGAUAUUACAAUAUUGGUGCCAUCCAACUUUGUAUCUACAUCUAAUUGGACAUACAUUGAUGACUGGAGAACUUUGUCAAUUGGACGGAAGCAAUUUGAACAAAGACUACUAGCUAAGGAUGAAAUGGUAAAAUUUAUCCACUUAGCAACUUGUCUAUCUACCAACGCUUUCCACAUGAAGCAAUCGACCACUUCAACUGAAGACCAAAUGGAUUCUGACCGUAUUGUUGCUCAGAUUCACGGGGAGCAGACAACUGGUCUGCAACCUCUGCUUGAAGGCAAUGAGCCACUCCUUGAUGGCUUGCCUUGGCAUAUAACUAAACAGUACAAGACGACAUUGUACCAACUACACAUAUGGCAUACCUUGUUGCCAUUACAUCAUAUGAACAAAGUUUUUCACCUACAAAGGUUUUCUUUGCCUCAUAUUGAUGGACCCAAGGCUACUGAGACUGUUGCCAACAGCUCACCAAGACCUAAUACGAAAGCAGACAACCAACAUGUUGUACUGUCGUUACACCGUGUAAGAGAGGCUAUUGCAUCCAAUAUGCUCCCCUUUCUAUACACCGAAGAUGCUAAACACCAGGCCAAUAUCCUUAGCAAACAAUAUCAACAAAGUGGCCACAGCUACAUGCACUACUUUUCUGAGUAG